UGUGUGUGUGUGUGUGUGUGUGUGUGUGUGUGUGUUGAAUGACCGUUCAAAAUGGCCCAGCUUUACAUAUAACCUGUUUCACUAAUAAUUAUAUUAUUGUGCCUCAGCUGUGCUGUGAUUUUAAUAUUUGUAUAGAUUAACCUACAGUGCAAAGAAAACUGAAUUUCGUGAUUUUUCGUGAUAUCCCGAAACAUGUGCCAUCGUUUAAUAGCCUAAUCGAAUACGGCCUUCUCUCCUCUUGAUGGGUGCAUUUAUCAUGACCGUGUGCCCUUAACGCCCAACAUUUGUUAAAAACUAUUGUUUUUGCACUUUUCAGUCAAAAUAUAUGUUUUAGUGGUAUAUGUUACUGUUAUGUGAAAAAAUGAUGCAUAUAAUUGCAUAGACUAAUCCAUAGGCAGUACUGUCGGUUCAGUGGUUAUCAUGUUUGUUCUCUCGGGACUCAGACGUGAUCCAGAAGGGGGGUGCUAGACUUCAUUUUGUAAGCUUAGAUCAUGCAUUUGUAACCUCUUUCCUUGAUGUAAACACUUACAGCCAUUUCAGACUUGACGUCCACUAAUGUACCAGUUUAUAAAUAAGGUAAUUGAUGUUAUUAGUUCUAAAAAAUGCAAUUAUGUUUUAAUGUUUGAAAGCUGAAUCUUAUUUUAUAUUAAAGUAGUCAUAUUCUCAUAACUGUGACCACAUGCGCCACGUAUGACCAAAUGUGACAGGGAUUUGUCCAUCAGUUGUUUCGUUAUCGACUGGACAGUACUCUCUUCUGGACUAGUGCUGGGCGGAAUAUUAAACUCCAAUUUUAAACUUGUUGGUUCAGCAGUUACAAAGGCUUUCGAGGUGAAACAAGCAGUAAGCAUGUUCACACACUCUUAGUAAAGUGGCUUGUUAAUCUCUGAGAGUCACUGAAUGAUGCUGAAAGAUAUACUUUUUUUGAGGGAUCAUGUUACUUUGUACUAAAUCGCGUAUUUCGCUCAUGUACUUCUGCGCAGUAAGUUAGACACAUUUAGCUUUUAGUCUAUUUUGUUUUCUAGCUGUGUUAUGUUAAUAAGCAUUACCAUUGGAGUUUUUAUCUAUAGCACUUGUUGGUUGCGACCUUACUAUGACUCUGAACUGCACUCUUAUAGAAAUGUUUAUUGUAACAACAGACCCCCAAAGCUCUUUUUCUUCGAAGUUGAUAAAAAAAUGGUGCCGUGUCAGGCAGUACCUGCUGGGCUCCAAUCGCUUUGAGUUCACGCAAAGGACACAAGAGAACUGUCCAAUCAUCAAACUCCAGCACUAUGAACGACCCCUAACCUUUGACCUCAUCAUCUCCAAGGCCCUCUCAUGCACGGCACAUUUUUUUCCUGGACGCAUGGGGCAGUAGUGGAGCUUGAAUAGCCUACAUACGCUAAAGAGGCAGUUGAUCGGGGCUAAGCUCGUAGAAAAUACAUUGCCAUGACCCAGUAAGUCAAGACCGAGGACAAAAUCAGGGACCAGCGGUGCUGAUCACAAAUGCGAAAGUAGCCUCAUAUUCUUCAGCGAAUUCAUCUCAAAUGGAUAAAUCAAUACAGACUAAAAUCAAUGGUAAAACCAACGUUUAUAACUAACUUAUACUUGCUAAACUGUUUUCAUGCCUGACUGAAGUACUUCCUCUCGUUUAACUUAAAAUGUAUAUAAUCUGAUCGUCUUAAAAAUUUGAGUUAACUGAACACAUAUACAAUAUUUGAAGUUCAGUAAUGUGAAUAUUUGAGGGCAACAAUGUAACUAACUUUUUAAAGACAAAACAGUUUUUUUUCAGCCCUCAUAUGCAAAGGUAUUAUAUGUGCACAAAACAUUUAGACACCAGCAAUUAUAUUUCCCUACAUGCGUGGACUGGUGAAGUGGAUACGUUUCCUAAAAGAUUAAUUAGUGGAUUAGUAAAAUAAUACAGUGCCAUAGCACGAAGGGGAAUCAAAUGUACCUAUAUCUUACUGCAGUUUACUGAAGGUUCAUGGCAUGUGUUGUAAAAACAGGCUAAUCUAAGUGCCAUUGCACUUUUCACUUUUACAAUGAAGGCUAGAUUUUCAUAGUGUGACAUUAGACAGAAAAAAGAACAUUUAGUGAAUUAAAUAUUUCAUUGCAAGGCUGUCUGAUACUUCCUUGUUGAAGAUCUCGACAGACAGGAAAUUUAAACUUCCAGACGCGCGCGGACUGAGGCCGCCUCUCAAUCUACCGUGCUUAAAUUUUAAUUGACUCACGUGACCUUAUUAAAUAAUACAUACCUCUAAGUCAGAAAUAGAUACAGGGGAUUCGAGAAUGAUUCUCAUUUUAUCGUCGACCGUCGAUCCAGCGACCACCGAGUCCCCUGUCUCGAGAUCUUCUUUCUCUCACAACUGAUCUACAAAGUAGCGCCACUCCAACACUUCUGCCUUAGUGAAGCUCACCCAGUCGUAGGCCCGCGAGAGACGGUGUCCCUAGCAAGGUUCACCCGAGGAGCCCAUUGGCGGAGAGGAGUCACGUGACCACGUUGUGCCAAUGUUCUUCUACAACGGUGUCAGGACCCUGUCAGCUAGUGAAAUAAACAUUGGGAAACGGCGAGAUGCAAAAGGCGACCUACUACGACAGUUCGGCAAUUUACAGUGGCUACCCCUAUCAAAGUGCAAAUGGCUUAGGUUAUGAUGCCAAUCAGCAGCAAUAUCUCCAGGCCCUUCAUGUGGAAAGUGACUACCACCGGCCGGCCUGUUCCUUGCAGUCCCCUGCCGGCUCCGCGACGCUGCACAAGCCCAGCGAAAUCGCGGAGGGCUGCCUGCAGAGCAAAGGAACCCAAGCGACCCCAGCACCCGACGAUGAUCAGCCCCCCGCCGUUUCUGCAGGGGUGCCUUCUCCCAAUGCCCUGACUCAAAACCCAAGUAAUGGCCAGAAUGCAAAGAACCACGGCUCCCCAACUUCGGCCACCCGCAAGCAAAUCUUCCCCUGGAUGAAGGAGUCGCGUCAGAACACCAAGCAGAAAUCCUCUAGCACCAGUUCAGUGGAGAGCUGCCCCGGAGACAAGAGUCCUCCCAACUCCUCCGCCUCCAAACGCGCCCGGACGGCGUACACCAGCGCUCAGCUGGUGGAGCUGGAGAAGGAGUUCCAUUUCAACCGCUACCUGUGCCGCCCGCGACGAGUGGAGAUGGCUAAUCUCCUCAACCUGACAGAGCGCCAGAUAAAGAUCUGGUUCCAGAACCGCAGAAUGAAGUAUAAGAAGGAUCAGAAGGGGCUCGGGAUGAUGCCGUCACCGGGGGGACAGUCCCCGCAGAGCCCGGUUCUACCAUCUUCCGGUGGGAUGGGCGGGGGAGGGGGUGGAUACUUAAGCUCGAUGCAUUCUAUGGUCAACAGCGUGCCCUACGAUGCCCCGUCCCCGACCCCCUAUAGCAAACCUCAGUCCAACGCCUACAGCCUUCCUACGUCAUAUCCACCUCCUCUCAACACUUCCUUGAGCAGCAGUUGCCCGCCUUCUCAGAAGCGCUAUUCGGGAACGGGCUCGGCCACGCCUGAGUACGACACGCACCAUCUCCAAGGCAACAAUAACUAUGGGACGCAUGUGCAGGGCAGCCCCGUUUAUGUCGGGGGCAACGGAGGCUAUAUGGACACCAUGGCCAACACAGGGGCCUCAGUGUUCGGCCUCAGCCAUCUCCCUCAGCCUCCUCAUGGCAGCGUCGACUACAACGGCGCGAUCACCAUGGGGAACAGCCAUCAUCACGGCGCGUGCGAGCCAAGCCAAUGCACAUACACAGACCUUACACCGCACUACUCUCAGGGAAGAAUUCAGGAAGCGCCUAAACUGACUCACCUAUAAUCUGGGAUCAUUGUUCCCUUUUACUUUCUCUGUCCGCUGGCACACCUUCCACUGCUUCAUUGCCGCAGCUAAUCUUUUCUCUUUUUUUCGGUUCUUAUAGUUCUCUCGAGUGAAGUAGUUUAGUACCUUUUCUUGUUGCUUGAAUAAUUUUCUAUGAUUUUUUUUUGUUGUUGUCCAAAAUAGUGUUAUUAGUUCCACAGCCUUGGCGGACUGUGUUGGACACCAUGCGAGGGCACAUGUAUGCAUAAUGCCACCUUUAUUUCAGCAUCUAAUAUAUAUAUAUAUAUAUAUAAAUAUAUAUAUUUUAAAAAAAGGAAAAUCAAACAGGGUAUAGUGAACACAUUUUCUCUUCUAAAUGUGAAUUUGAAGUUGUGUUAGGUUUGUUUGUCCACAAUCGAAGAUUUCUCCUUUUUUGUUUCUUAUUUGCAUUUUGUUGCACUUGAGGAAGGAUACUCAGUUGGCUUACUGCUCGAACUCGUGCCGUGCAGGACUUUCAAUCUUAUUUAUUUUUAACUUCAAUGGACUAUGAAUUUCUAGUAUUAUGGAUUGGACCCCUGAGAAGCACGGGGAGAAGGCAAAAUGGAGUCGGCCAUUGUUCUCUGGUUAUAUGUAUGCUGAAACACAGCUGACCGGUGCUAACUGGCUAAGCUACCUGAUAGUGGUCAAACACAAUCAUGCAAUAAGUGUGGAGAGAAAGACAGCAAACAGAAAUCUGGCAUUAUGAACUUUUAUUUGUCUUAAAUCUGUUUCAAUGUCAUACAUUCCAUGCUGCUCCAGUUGAAGUAAUAAGAAAUAAAUAAGACAAAAUGAGACAAACUGAAGUAUCUAUAAAUGAAUGUAUUUGCAUUGCUAGCAUAAUUCAAGAGGGGUCAAUAAUAAUAAUAAUAAUAAUAAUAAUAAUAAUAAUAAUAAUAAUAUCUGUUAAUUAGCCUACACCUUGGAUAAAACGUAGGUUUUAAAAAACAAAGCUUUUGAAGGGAUAUUCAUAACGUUCAAAUGACAUAACUGAGUUUGUUAUGUGGUUUUAAAGAUACUCAGCAUACAUAAUCCAUGAGGUUUAGUUCUUGCGUCUCGUUGUGGGUGUGCAGCUCGAGCAGUCCAGGCCUCGCUCCUCAGAGCAAACUCAUCCAUUAUACUGUGACAGCUUCCCAGAGCCUCGAGCAGCGCCUGUGAGAGAAAAGG